AUGUGCGCACCUGAUUAUGAGAUCCGAAUUAUUCAGUUAGUAAAUCAUCGAACUCUGACAGAACUGAGAGGUCCCAGGUGCGAACUUUGUUCGGGUCACUCGCCUUUCUUCCUUUUGAGACUGCUAAAUGACAAUCACCUUGUCACUCAAACAAUAGCUCGGGUAAUCGGGCCACGUUCUCAAAUCGCCAUUCCAGCCCAAGGUAUUGUUGAACUCCGUGAUGCCCUUACCGAGCUAUUGGACGAAUACGGUAAAGGUAAGGCAGUGAUAAUCUUGUUCUACUUCGAUAUUGGGCAGAACAAUCGGGGAGUGUUCAUGCGCAUUUCGGAGGUAUUUAGUUUUUUGAUCACUGUGAGAAUGAGUUUAAGAAAAACUGGUAUAUCCUGGAUCACCAAGAUUAAAAAUAUGAUAAAUCAGCAAAUGUUCACUAGGAAAAGUGUACGAAAAUUG